AUGGCUUACAUGUUCUUGAUUCUAUCCGCCGUGUCAAUCGCCGUCAAAGGUGGGGUAGUUCCAGCCGCUCCAGUCGCAGUUGGCGCCCCUGUAGUAGCCGCCCCAGUCUUAGCCAAGGUCUCUGACGCCACCGUCGACCUCGCCCCUCAAUACUCCUUCGGCUACGACGUCCAAGACGCUCUGACGGGCGACUCCAAGAGCCAGAUCGAAACCCGCAACGGAGACAUCGUCAGAGGUCAAUACAGCCUGAACGAUCCUGAUGGCACUCGUCGUAUCGUGGAUUACACUGCUGACCCCGUCAACGGCUUCAACGCUGUUGUCAGGAAGGCUCCUUUACUAGCUGCGCCAGCUGUACCAGUUGCACCAGCCGCAGCUGUACCAGCUGUGGAACCUCUGGCAGAACCUGUGGACGUGGAGGUCGUAGCAGCCGCUCCUGCCAAGUCCGUAGCUGCGCCGUUGGUAGCCAAGGCUAUAGCUGCUCCUUUGGCUAUAGCUGCUCCUUUGGUAGCUAGACCCGCUCCUGCUGUUGCUGCUGCUGCUGCUCGCGUAGCUGCCCCUCUGGUAGCUGCCCCCGCUGCCCCUGUGGUUGCAGCUGGACGUCUCGUGGCUGCUCCUGCCUUAGCUUACUCUUAUACCAGUUUUGCUUCACCUUUCGCCGCUUACACUGUGUUCUAA